AUGGCAUCCAGCGCGUUUCAGUUCGCCGAGGGCGAAGAUGCCCAGCAACUUGCCCGAGAUGCCGAUGUUUUAUUACAACAGGGCUGGGCGAAGGAUGGAGAUGGGAUGGGGAUUAUGAAGACGUUUCAUUUUAAGACUUAUUUUAAGGCUGUGGCAUUCGUUAAUAUGAUUGCGGCCGAGAGUGCGUCUAAGAAACAUCAUCCCACUAUGACAGUGGAACAGCCAUCGUUUGGUGAACGCAGAGGUCAUCGACUUGCGCCCUUACAAACCAAUUUCAGCCGACCAGCUGCUCAAAAACGGGUACAACGCCCUCGGCCAACCGAUUACCCCAGCACCAAUGGAUCAGAAGGUCCCGUUCCGCUCCAUGGCCAGGGCCAGGGACCAGUUAAACGGCAAUCCUCCAAAACAAGUCUGCGCAAUCUCUUUCAUAAAUCUUCGCGCGCCGACCCCAAAUUGGAGGAAAUUAUAGAGACACAACCGGAACCUCAAACUGCCAUUCUCUGGGAAACACCCAUGUCGCCCUCUAUCACAAGCCCCCGAACUAUAGAUUCCAAUCCCACCAUUACCUCCCCAAUAGAGCCGCGCGCAAACUUGCAGACUUCCCGCGCGAAACCCGACCCUAAGCAUGCGAACCAGGAACAAUAUGGCUGGAAGCCUCCCCCAUUGUUCCAGGCCUAUCCCCAAUCCACCAAGCAUGACUGCCUUCCAUCACCUGCUCUCUCUGCAGAUUCCAUCUUGCGCCUGCACGCCACGACCGCGAGGAGCUCUACCGACGAUAACCCCGUCAAUCCGUUAGAGCACGAUGAGGCCGCCGAUGCCGCUCGUAAAAAGCGGGAACAAAGGCAAAAGAAGCACCUCCGGACACUAUCCGGUACCAUCAACAAGGUGGAAUGGACUCAGAAAAUAUACGUCCUGGCAACUACUGGUUACAUCCUCCAAUAUGCAGGCGAAGGAAAGCACGACCGUCUUCCGGAGAGGAUGCUGCUGCUAGGACCCAACUCUGUCGCUUUUGCUAGUGAUGCUAUCCCUGGGAAACAUUGGGUAGUCCAGGUCUCUCAUAAUCCGACAGAUGAACAUUCCGCUAUACGGGAGCCUCCCAAGCCUCGAUUCUCGCGCUUUGGCUUCCACAAAUCUACUACCCGGCGAUUUUCACGCAACUUUCUUCUGGUGUUCGACAACCCCGAUGCUAUGAUCGGCUGGUUGGCAGCCGUUAGAGCUGAGAUUGAAAAACGGGGAGGGCGCAAAUUCACGCAAGAGAAGCAGGAUGAAGACACGAUGCCGCAGCUGCGGUCCAAAUCGAAUGUUCGACAAAUGGUAAAGAAAGAUCCCAAUCGCAUUUCCAGUCUUUUCCUUCAACCUCAGGCCCUCCAAUCGCCCACUAAGGAGGAAGAUGGGCAGGCUGGUGGUACAGCACGGCCAUGUCGCCCUAGUUCAUAUGUGUCGAUGAAUCGUCGUUCACUGAUUGAAUCUCGAUCUGGAUCGGUUUCGACUGGCCGAAUCGAGGCCACACAUCCUACCAAUGGCUCUGCUUCUGUCGUGUCUGACAAUUGCUCUUCAUCACUCACUUCUUCGAAUAUACCGAACUCGCCGCCAAUGGACGCCGGCGCUUUCAGGUCUGACGAGUCAUUGCCGGAAGGGAUUGACCGGAUCUACACGGGCAGCCCGCCCCCCUCUAGUCAUGGGAAACGACAAUCCUUAUACAUGUCCCUGCCACAUCAGCCUCCUCCAAUCACAGACUUCACAGAGGAGCCGCAAGCGAAUCACCCGCCGCCUGUUCCCGAACCUCAUAUCCGCUGCAUCUCGCCCCCAGCGCCUAAUUUCAGUGUUCCUUCAUUUAGCAAGAAAUUCGUUCCGAGAUCUGGGCCGACCCCUAUCUCUCAUGCCUCCCCUCCUUCAUCAAUCAACGGCUUCAUACACCGUGCUGAGACCGACCCAAAUAUGUCCGGCUUUGCAUCUCCUCCGCAAUCUCCAACAUUCAGCGUCGCCAGUUCGCGCUAUACAGAUUCAUCGGAGCCCAGGCGCAUACUACGUCCCUCGACUUCGGAAGAUGGCUUGACUAAAAUUGUCCGUUCAGCACAGAAUGCCCAAAACUUCUCCCGGACGCCAAGAACAGCGCCCCCUACAGGCCCUCUACCUGAUCCCAGAGCAUCUUCCCGUCCACUCAGCCUGGUCGGCCGCCCUAGUGUUGGUCGCAAAAGCCUCAAUUCAACCCAGGUCCAACCUGUUUCUCCUCCGACAGAACCAAUACCGCGCAAGAGAGUCUCUACUGUGAACCCCGACAGUCAAGCUCCGCUGAGUAUGUCGCGCCGCAAGAGCAUGCCCGGGCUUGGUUUAACAACUGGACCUCCAUCCGCGCCACCCCCCAACUGCCCACUCCCUAAGCUCCCCUGGCCUGUUCCUCCUACCACCAAUACCGCUCCCCCUGUUCCUUCCACAGACACGCCCAUGCCACAGAUGCUAUCCCCCUGGUCGGCAACGUCCCCGACGCAACGAUUCUACGGGUCCGAGCCGGUGCGGGAUCACGUCGAAGAUCGGAAGAGCGGUAAUUCCGCAAUGAAUGAGCCAGGAAGCAAUAUUCCACGAAACCCUCGACAUUCGAAACUGAUCAAGACUCCCAUGGUCUAA